AUGGCGUGUCCCAGUCAGGUGUCGGCGUUCAAGCCACGCGGUCUUCGUUUGACACGCCUACCGCUCGAAGUGCUGUUCGAGGUUCUCGAGGAGGUCACUAACUUCAAAGACCUCCUGUCGCUAAUCUCAACAUGCCGGGGACUCUACCACGUAUUCCUGUACAAUAAGCGGUCCACGAUGCUACACGUCGCCUGCAACUACUACGGUCUUUCCACCAUGAACAUGGCCCUCGGCAUUGUCAAGUUUCCCAUGUUGUGCGAGCAUUCAGCUGAGGAACGUACUUUUGACGAGUCCCUUCAAGACAUCACGCGCGUCUUGAACUCAUUCACGAUGUCGGACACCUGGAAAGCCGAUUGGGCUCAAUCUGAGCCCAAUGCUUGGGAGGUGACCGACAACGUCUACAACCAGCCAACGUGCAACCAGCAUUGUGAUGCCGUGCUUGAACACCUCCACCUGUGGCAGACCUCAGGCGCCUUCGUCAGCCGCAACACCAGUGCGAGACACGUGAAGGCAGCGAUGCAUCUUCUGGCCACGGCCAGAGAUUUCAUCGAUGACUACGCCCUCAAGUGUCAGGCGCCCAACGCCAGGGGCGCAGCCUACCUGUUCCCCAGGUGGGCCCACCGCGCUUUCUUGCCAAAGACACCUAACCACGAUGCCUUUGCCACCUUGUCCUCCCGCGAGCGUCGUCGCUUCUACCGGGCGACCCUGCAGGCCGAGCUCUUCAAGCUGGUGUACAUGCACACCGGCUCUCAGGACCUAUGCGUCUCGUUUCUUACGAGCAUUCCGAUGUUCCAGGCAGAGGAGAUCAGAUGCAUCCUAGAGCAGCAAGAACGCCUCUGGCGCCUGGUCAUCUAUUGUUUCUUUAGAUGGCCAUACGACCUCCAGGAACCCAGCAGCUUCUCCUUCCGUGUGGUCAGCUGGACCCAACCCGACGGUGUCGUGGUCGUGACCAGGACUCGUUUCAGUGAUUUCGUCAUUCUCCGGCAUCUUCAGAUGCCCGCGCUCUGCCGACUCAACGCAACCAGCCUGGGCCACCUCGUGCGGACCCUCAAGGCGCGCCCCACCGUCGAGAAGUGCAGAGAGCUGCGCCGGUUCCUCAGGACGCCUCCCACCACCCCGCUGCGAGCCGACCAGGUCUUCAGCAUCCGCAACAUCGUGUACUACAACUUGGCCGUCCCACCGCACGUGCGACGGCUCCGUGUCGUCUCCCACACGCGCCCACAGGGCAGCUCGGACCCGGUCGACUACCCGAAUGCCCUCUGGCAGAGCUGGCGCGCGCACCGCCCGUCGGCCCAGUUUCCUGGCCUGGCACACUCGCUCCCCUGGUGGGACUACCCUUUCCGCAGGUUGGGCUAUGUGUUCUGGGAUGCUGCUCGUGUGCCUGGGGCUCGAUUUGUGAGCCGCAACAGCCUACAACAGCAGCUGCCAGUGUGUCUGGUGGGGUGGCCUCGCGAGGGCCAUAUGGUGUCGGAUAUCUGA